GCUGGCAGUAUCAGUCCGAAGCUAGAACUGUGAACAUAUAUCCGUCCUGCUCUCUAGUAUGUCAAGAGAUCUCUACCAGGUUCAUCCAACUAGACAGGAGAUACAACAAUCCUGGCAGGAACUGGAAACUACAGGACGGGAUAAUAUUAUCCAGGAUCUAGAUAUGCCCUGGUAUACAAAACCUGCUGUUAUCCUGGGUAAACUAUACCCGGAGAUUAGCAUCAAGAAAAUAUAUUCAGAAGAAACCCUGCCUCCGUAUCUACCAAAAGAACCAAGACGCUGGAGUCGGGAGGAAGUUAAUACCUGGAUAGAAUACACGUUGGAGUCCCAUAAUCUUCCCAUCCCACCCCUUCACAGGUUUAGUAUGAACGGGAAGGGGUUGAGCUUGAUGUCUGUAGAGAUGUUCUCCGAACGAGUACCUUUGGGAGGAAAACUACUGUACAAGGAUUUCAAGAUCAGACUAGCCGGGUCAGGAUACUCCUGAGUUUAUCAUUUAACAUUUAUUUUAAAUUCAGAUCGCGCCUUAGUGCUAAUCUUGUACCGAGAAACAAGCUGGAAGGCACAGAGAAGAUGGACAAGAAGGCGAAUGUGUCUGCUCUAGUCUAUAGCAAUGUGUCUGCUCUAGUGUACAGCAGUGUGACUACUCUAGUGUACAGUAAUGUGUCUGCUCUAUUGUACAGCAGUUUGUCUGCUCUAGUUUACAGUAAUGUGUCUGCUCUAGUGUAAAGUAAUGUGUCUGCUCUAGUGUGUAGCAAUUAGUUUGCUCAAGUCUAUAGCAAUGUGUCUGCCCUAGUGUACGGUAAUGUGUCUGCUCUAGUUUACAGCAGUGUGUCUGCUCUAGUGUACAGCAGUGUGUCUACUCUAGUGUACAGUAAUGUGUCUGCUCUAGUUUAUAGCAAUGUGUCUUCUCUAGUGUACAGCAGUAUGUCUGCUCUAGUGUACAGUUAUGUGUCUGCUCUAUUGUACAGCAGUGUGUCUACUCUAGUGUACAGUAAUGUGUCUGCUCUAUUGUACAGCAGUGUGUCUUCUUUAGUAAACAGCAGUGUGUUUGCUCUAGUGUACAGUAGUAUGUAUGCUCUAGUUUACAGCAUUGUUUUUACUCUAGCCUACAGCAGUUUUUCUACUCUAGUUUAUAGCAAUAUGUCUGCUCUAGCUUACAGUAAUGUGUCUGCUCUAGUGUACAGCAGUGUGUCUGCUCUGGUGUACAGCAUUUUUUUUACUGCUUACAGCAAUUUUUCUGCUCUCGUGUACAGUAAUGUGUCUGCUCUAGUGUACAGCAGUGUGUCUGCUCUGGUGUACAGCAUUGUGUUUACUGCUUACAGCAAUUUUUCUGUUCUAGUGUACUGUACAGUAAUGUGUCUGCUCUAGUGUACAGUAAUGUGUCUGCUCUAGUGUACAGUAAUUUGUCUGCUCUAGUGUACAGCAGUGUGUCUGCUUUGGUGUACAGCAUUGUUUUUACUGCUUACAGCAAUUUUUCUGUUUUAGUGUACUGUACAGUAAUGUGUCUGCUCUAGUUUAUAGCAAUGUGUCUGUUCUAGUGUACAGCAGUGUGUCUGCUCUAGUGUACAGUAAUGUGUCUGCUCUAGUUUAUAGCAAUGUGUCUGCUCUAGUUUAUAGCAAUGUGUCUGCUCUAGUGUACAGCAGUGUGUCUGCUCUAGUGUACAGUAAUGUGCCUGCUCUAGUUUACCGUAAAGCAGUAAUUCUGUUGUACUGUUUAUCAUGUUUAUGUAAUGUAGAGCCCUGCAUUUAUGCCGUAGACACUAGACUUAAACUAGUAUUAACGUCAAAAACUCUUAAGUUUGCUAGUCAACAAUAUUUUCUUUAGCUUAUUUAAUUCGUUGUCCAGGUUUAAUUUUGAUAUUUUUAGCAUUUUAAAAUGAAAGCUCUAAAACUCUAGUCAAUCAUAAAUUUUAAACAUUUGUCACUUUUUUCUUCAUGAAAUAAAUGUAUGAUAGAAUUAGCCUAAGUGUUGCUUGUGAAAACGAUGAAUUGUAUAUUUAGAAAAGGUUAAGAAAUGCACAUACCCAAAUAGCGCUGUUUUUGAACUAUUUAUGUAACUGUAAGUCUAGACACAAUUAUAUACUAUACUAUACGCAAUACGCACAGUACAUUGCUGAUUAAAAA